AUGACGGCCUCUGAGUUUGAGGAGCAAUGGAAGUUGAAACAGACGACAAAGAAGGCAGACUUCAUUCACAUGAUACAGAUGUUGUACUAUGUGAAGGAUCCUGGCGCCACCAUCAACUUCUUCCACAGUCUCCUUAAUAAGAACGGGAAGCUUCUCAUCAUUCUGGUGUCUGAGGAGAGCGGUUGGGGGAAGCUGUGGCGGACCUACAGGAGCCAGCUCUGUAACACUGAAAUAAGUCAGUGUGUGACCACUGGUGACAUCAAAAGCCUCCUGGACUCGAGGGGAGUGAGCUAUCAGAGCUAUGAACUGCCCUCUCAGAUGGACAUCACCGAGUGUUUCACUGAAGGAGAUGAGAAGGGAGAGCUGCUGCUUGAUUUUCUCACCGAGGUGCUGGACUUCAGUAAAACGGCUCCACCAGAGUUGAAAGCGGGUGUGUUGGAGUUGCUCCGGCACCCAGAUUGUAGUGUGGAGUCCAAGGGCAAAGUUAUUUUUAACAACAACCUGGGAGUAAUCGUCAUUGAUCAGCUGCCUUAA